UCUGAUAGCUACAAAGGGAGGACAGCGAGGAGGGAAUAUGAGGUAGAUGGGACUUUACACGGGAAUAAUGGCGGCGCCGCUCCGGCGGGACACCUUACCUGAGAACUACUGUUAUGGGGUGUGCAGCGACGGCAGGGUCUUUUUCAUAAACGAUGAGACGAGAAGCACUUCUUGGCUUCAUCCCUGCACUGGUGAACCUGUCAAUUCUGGACACAUGAUCCGAUCCGAUCUACCCACAGGUUGGGAGGAAGGAUUUACGAAGGAAGGAGCGAGUUUCUUCAUUGACCAUAACCAGAAGACGACUACUUUCAUACAUCCAGUGACAGGCCAGAUCUCUGCUGAGAAUUCUGAUUUCAGACUUCAGGACCAGACUGGACGACACAUGCUGAAGCAACCACAGACGACCACACGGCCCUCCAGCACCAUUAGUGAGGCCUCGACUACCGUCACCUCUUCAACUCUGGACACCACUUCAGGCUCAAAGGGAUCCAAGUCCAGUGGAAGGGUCCAUAGCUUUGGCAAACGGGAUCAUGCCAUAAAGCGGAAUCCCAGUGUUCCUGUAGUGGUACGUGGAUGGCUCUACAAACAGGACAGCUCAGGGAUGCGGCUGUGGAAGAGAAAAUGGUUUGUUCUAGCUGAUUAUUGCCUCUUCUACUAUAAAGACAGUCGUGAAGAGUCGGUGCUGGGGAGCAUUCCUCUGCCCAGCUACACUAUCGCUCCUGUGGGACCUGAAGAUCACAUUAGCCGAAAAUAUGCCUUCAAGGCUACACACACAGGGAUGCGCUCCUACAUUUACAAACAAAGCUCUGUGAUUGGCUCGCAGGCGGAGCACACUGGGAUGAGGACGUACUAUUUCAGUGCGGACACACAGGAGGACAUGAAUGGCUGGGUCAGGGCCAUGAACCAGGCUGCACUGAUGCAAACCCAUACAGUGAAGAGAGACGAGUCGGAUCAUCCAGACCAAGUGAACAUUUCCGAGAAACUCAAGCAGCAGGCUGUUCCUCAGACCAACCACAUCAACAGCUUCGUGAUUCCAGAACCCAAAGUCAUCCAAAGUGACAGGCUGCAGGAGGAGAAGCAGGAAGGAUUUGUUGGAGAAGUGGAGAUUAGGGUUGCUCCAAGAGAGAUGGAGCAGGCGAGGGGUAAAUCUCCAGCGAGCAGGAUAGUGGAGGUGGAGGUUUUAGCUCCAGGGUCAGCACCGGAAUCCCAAGUUCCCUCUCGAGCUCCUUCCAGGGCUGUCUCGACCCCGCCAGUGCUGAGGAACGGUACACCCACAGAGCAGAACGGCAUGCCUGGGUAUCAGAGGGGGCCUACACCUUCUUCUCAAACUCCUGUUCAGGUUCAGAGGAGGAGUGCACUGGAGCAGGUGGAGAACUGGGUCAAAGUACAGAAGGAAGAAAGCCAGGGGUUUGUUUCUACUGAUGGCACAGUCCCACGUCGGACCCCUCCCAUUCAUCCGAAGUACGGCACAAUAGACAAGUACCAGUCUUUACCAAAGACCACACGGCAAAGCCCAACAACUGCUCCCCAUCAGUUGCCCAGUGAAUACAAAUAUUCCCAUGACCGGCUUAAUCACUUCCAGAUGACCCACAGCCACACCCAGCGACCCGCGACGCAUGACAACACUGUGUGGCAGCUCUUCGAAUGGCAACAGCGACAGCAAUAUCGCCACGGCAGCCCCACCGCCCCCGUGUACACUCCGGCCCCAGACUACUCCACAGCCGUAUCCUCCACCAGAGUCAACUCUGACAUUGCUCGCUCUAUUUCUGUGCCUCCAACCCUGGCAGACAUCCCUCCACCCGGGCCUCCUGGGCCCAGACUGCUGUCUCCACGCAGAGCCCACACUCCUGCAGAACGCGUUACAGUCAAACCCCUGGAGGACAAGCCCACCGUGGAGGUGCCACCGUCAAACUCUCCUCACCGUCUACGCUCCUAUAAGUCGGCCACAAUAGAGAGACGCUCAAUGCCUCCAUCCGGCUAUAUCACACAUACAGUCAGUGCACCCAGCCUGCAUGGAAAAACACCACAGGAGCUCACCCUUCUCCUCAUCCAGUUACGGAGACACCAGGCCAUGAUGGCAGGUGUGCGCAACAAUGCGCUGGCCCACCUCCAGCAGUUGUCUCGGGUGAAGGCUGAUGACACAUACAUGCACUUGAAGAAGGACCUGGAAUAUUUAGAUCUGAAGGUGAGUGCGACAGAGAGUCUGAAAGGACGGCCGGCAAAGCCAGUGAAGGUGGCAGAAAGUGAUGUAGAUGUGACACUGAGUCGAUUGUGUGAACAAGACAAAAUACUGCAAGAGCUUGAGUUCAGACUCAGUGGACUUAAGGAUGAUAAGGACAAGCUUGAGUCUGUUCUGGAUGUGUCCCACCAGCAGAUGGAGCAGUACAAGGAUCAGCCAGCUCACGCUGAGAAGAUCGCCUACCAGCAGCGACUCCUUCAAGAGGACCUGGUGCAUAUUCGAGCUGACAUUUCUAGAGUGUCAACGGAGAUGGAGAGAGCGUGGGAGGACUACAGCAGGUUGGAGCAGUCAGUGGAACAGCUGAAGGACAUCCUGCAGACUCAGAUGAAUCUCUGCACUUCACCUCAGGAGAAAAAUCAGUUGAGGAGGGAGCUCUGGAGGAUAGAGGACGUGAUGACUGGACUCAGCUCAUCCAAAGAAACCUUCAAAAUCACCAUAGACUCAGUGAAGAACCCAGAGAGAAAACUUGUGCCUUCAGUGAUAGAGUCGACAGUGCCUUCUCGGUGCAUGACCCCGUCCGCAGUCGAGGUGUGGUCACCCCGACGCAGUCUUACCUCCAGUCCGUUAUCACUGCCCUUGGACAAUGAGGUUUUUCAGCAUCCUUAUUCUAUGCCAAAAUGGGGAGAGGAUGAUGCUCCACCCAGACCACCUUUGCCCCUCCUCUAUGAUGAAGACACACCCCCUGUUGUCCCGCCCUUACCUAAAGAAACAACGGUCAUCAGACACACUUCUGUCCGUGGCCUCAAACGACAAUCUGAUGAGAGGAAACGUGACAGAGAAAGCAGCUAUGUGAAUGGAGACUGCAGGGUGGAACUGCGGUCCUACCUGAGUGAACCAGAGCUUCCUGGAUCAGGAACAGAUCAAGUGGACCCAGGCUACUUGACUCUUCAAAGAAGAGGCCUGUCAGGCUGCUCUUCCAGAGUAAACCAGUACGGUGUGACUUCCUAUUCACUAAGGAGAGGAGAUUCAGCGUUAUCGACAACAGAGAGACCAAAGGGUGCCUUGGAGCGGCUGUGUUUGGGAGAGUCUCAGCCUGAUCACCCGCCGCAGAGAGGGAGGAUGAGUGUGGAGGAGCAGCUGGAGAGAAUGAAAAGGCACCAGAGAGCUCUAGUGCGUGAUCGCAAACGUAACUUGAGUCAGGGUGAGCGACAGCUUGUGAGCUCCCGCGCCUCCACUCGACCGACCAGCUCUGACCCAGGAUCAUUGGGAUGGGAAAAAAUUGAUUUGCAGCAACCAGAACAGGCCUUACCUGCCGAAUCACAGUGGCUGGGAUCAGAUGAAUGGCUGACUGUUGAGGCCUGGCCAAUGAAUGCACAGGAGCUAGAGCUGGAGCUGGAGCCUGUGGACUUUGGGUUCGAUCUUACUCGAGAGCUGUCUACACCACAGAAGGUGUCCAUCCCAGAGCGACUCAUGGAUGUGGAGUCAGAUGAAGAACUGAGUCCGGAAGAGAAGGAGACUCGUUCUCGCACCAUAGCAAAGAUAAAAAGCCUACUGUCUAAGUCGAGUGUGAGGUCUAUGGCAGAGUCCAUGGAUGCAGAGCAGAUAGAUUUCAGUGAGCUGGAUAAAGAGCUGCAGCAGCAGGAGAGAAUCAUGAGCGUUCAUCGAGCUCUCGCCACAGAGGCCUCCAUCAAGAGGAAGCAGGUCAUAGCCAAAGCCAUGUCCAUGUCGGAGUGCUAAAAAGUGUUGAGAAACUUUCUUGGGAACCCAAAGAUACAUUUUUUUGUGUUUUUUGUACCAAAUAUUUAUAAUUCACAUUCAAUCAUUCAGGUUCUCUGAUGUUCAUAACUUUUUAUAUGUGAGAUUGUUUUUAUUCAUUUUAC